UCGUAAAUUCUUCGUUACACGAACCAAAUGUUAUUUUGCUUGCUAAAAUCUUUACAGAAGAUUUAAUAAUAAAUUUAAUAAUAAAUUCAUUAGAAGAUUUAUUUAAAAUUUUCAAGAAAAUAAAAGUUUAAUAAAAUGGGACAAACUGUGGGCAGAAUGCCUGAAACGUGGGAAGGUCUUCUGGAAGAGAAAGAUCGUGUUUUACAUUGGAGUUCGGAAGUGUUGGCGAGAGUGCAAGAUAAUGUUACGAACGAGGAUACUUUUUUGAUAGAUUAUGAUGACGACAAAGUUGACGCCAAGAUCGACACGUGGAUUAAAACUAAUCGGACUCGGGUUAACGAAACACUUAAUAAGUAUCCAAACGCGUCGGAUCAGCUAAAAAAUGUAGUCAACUCUGGAAUAGGAAAGCUUGUUGAAGAAAUACGAGCGAAAACUAAGAAGGAUUAUCAAAAUGCGUAUAACGACAUCAAGAAAUUCAACAAAAAGGUAGACCAAUUGGGUUCAGAUGAACGAAAAAUUCACGCUGAAAUACAAAAUCUGGAGGCGGAAUGUGCGGGCAACACUCAUCAAUUCCGAAAGAAAUUUGGGCCGUUGCGAUUAAAAGUUUUUGAUAAUUUGAGAACCGGCGAGAAAAUGAUAUUCCAAGAUAAAAGACUAAAAAACGAUUUUACGAAAAAAGUUUACGAUAUUGAUCAUAAAUACUCUGCUGAAUGCGUAAAACGGAUCGAUAAAUUGCUUAAAGAUUUCGAAAAAGAUGCAGCAAAAGAAGGAACUACUGAAUAAAAUAACGCGGAAGAAAAUGUUUUAUCGUCAACUUAGUACACAUGGUCGAUAGCACGCUCAUUAAAAAUUUAUUUAAAAAUAUGACAAAUUUUCUUUUUGAAAUAUUGUUUGCGUUUAAUUUUACUCGAAAUUAUUAUAUUACGUGAAAAAAGGAAAGUAUAUAGUCCCGUAUUAUCAAUUUAUAUUAAUCAAGUAAUAAAUA